GAUGGAGUAGGUGCUAAAAUAGCUGACAAGAUAGAUGAGUUCUUAUCCACUGGAAAACUACGCAAACUGGAAAAGAUUCGACAAGAUGAUACAAGCGCAUCUAUCAAUUUCCUGACACGAGUUACUGGCAUUGGUCCUGCUGCUGCUAGGAAGUUUGUCGAGGAAGGAAUUAAGACCUUAGAAGAUCUAAGAAAAAAUGAGCACAAGCUGACCCAUCACCAGCGAAUUGGGUUGAAAUAUUUUGAAGAUUUUGAGAAAAGAAUCCCAAGGGAAGAAAUGCUGCAAAUGCAGGAAAUUGUGCUGAAAGAGGUGAAGCAGCUGGACCCAAACUAUAUUGCUACAGUCUGUGGCAGUUUUAGACGAGGCGCAGAGUCAAGCGGCGAUAUGGAUGUUCUCCUAACCCAUCCAAGUUUCACAUCUGAAUCAUCCAAACAGUCAAAACUUCUGCGUCAAGUUGUAGAACAACUGGAAAAAGUCCACUUUGUCACAGAUAUGCUGUCUAAAGGUGACACCAAGUUCAUGGGUGUCUGUCAGCUGCCAGAUAAAGAAGAUGGAACAGCCUAUCCACAUAGGAGAAUUGAUAUCCGGCUUAUCCCCAAAGAUCAGUAUUACUGUGGUGUACUGUAUUUCACAGGAAGUGAUAUAUUCAAUAAGAACAUGAGAACUCAUGCUCUGGAAAUGGGCUUCACGAUCAAUGAGUAUACAAUCCGUCCCUUGGGUGUCACUGGAGUUGCUGGGGAGGCCCUACCAGUAGAAUGUGAAAAAGACAUCUUUGACUAUAUCCAGUGGAAAUACCGAGAGCCAAAGGAUCGGAGUGAAUAACUGCUUGUCUAGGUUUGUAACCUAGAGAGGUGUUUUCGUACCUUCUUAUGAACAUACAAAGUGCAUAUUCUUUCUUUGGAUGUUACUGCAAAAAGUGUACAUUACUGAUGUUUAAAGUAAGUCCAUGGCACUAGCACAGAAU